CCAGGACACAGAGCUCUGGGAAGUGACAACAUUUUUGGUUUGGUCGAGAUGGAAAUGUUCAACAUUUUCUUCUGAUGGCUUGGAAUCCCUUACCCUGUGCUUCGGAUUACACUGGAUCAUAAAGAAACCCGCUUUAAAACCGUGCGUAAUACUUUUACGCACCAAAUGAUGGGGUCGGAGAAGCCCAACUUUUUGUCUCAGCCUGUGGUGAAGAACGUCUUCAUGUACCGCAAUGGUGACCCUUUCUACGAGGCUCGAAGGAUUGUUAUCAACCAGAAGAGAGUGUGCACCUUUGAGACUUUGCUGAGAGAAGUGACGGGCGGCAUCCAGGCGCCUUUUGGCGCGGUGAGGAACAUCUACACGCCGCGCGGAGGACACAAAGUGGACUGUUUGGACAGCCUUCACAGCGGGGAGCAGUAUGUCGCCGCUGGCCGGGAGAGGUUUAAAAAGUUAGAUUAUUUACAGAUUGGUUCCAGAAAGAAGAGGAUGUUGAAAAAUCUUCCAUUUCAGGUCAAACCACUUCCACCAAAACGGAUAUCCGUAUCAGCCAGAUUCCUGAAACCAAUUAAGGAGCCAUGUCCAAUCUUCGUGGUGGCAAACGGGGACACUCUGAACCCUGCAAUAAGGCUGCUGAUCCACCAGAGGAUGCUGAGCCAGUUUGAAAGAAUUCUCGAGAUGAUCACAGAGAAGAUGGGUUUGAGAGUCCUCGGCGGUGUGAGAAGUAUUUUCACUUAUGAGGGCCAGCAGGUGACUGAUGGCACUCAGCUGGAAAGUGGUCAGCUCUAUGUGGCCGUGGGCAGAGAGAGAUUUAAGAAGCUCUCUUACAGUGACCUCCUCUUCAACAAAACACGAGGGACACGGAGGGUCAAUGGAAUGAAAAUGUGCACACUGCCGCCAAUAUACAGAUUCUCAAAGCAGAAUGGAAACAGUAAGUCUGUGGUCCGGUGCAGUGACAGUGGAGGUAGUGAAUGGAAGGCUUCGCCUCCAAACCACAACAAGGAGCACCUGUCCUCCAUCGUAAGAGAGAUCUCUCAGGCCCGACUCCUAUCCCUCAGGAAGAAGAGGAGCAGACAGAGCAUGAUGCUGGGCCUCAGUGACAAUGAUAACUUGGAUUCAAAGACUGAUGAUGCUGAUAGUCAAUCCCCAGAAAACCAGACAACUGAAGAGGAACCUACAUCAGAUGAUACAAAAUCAUCAGAGGACAAUGGUGAAAAGCCUGAAGAGAAGGAGGAGGACUUUGUCGAAAAUACCAAUGACAAGAACACUUCAGUUAGCAAAGAGGAGCAAGCAGAUAAGGAGAUGACUCUUCAAAGAAAAGGAGACACAGAGGAAGAAAAUGAAUCUGCAAAGAGCAAAAAUGAGAGAGAAAUGUCAGAGGAGCAGGCAGAAAAGGUAAAAGAAGUGAAGAAGGAUGGUGACACUCAGAGUAAAGAGGUUUUGGACGAGGGUAAGGAGGUUUCAGAAGGGAAAAACAAGGUUUUGGAUGAAAAUGCGGAGGCCCCAGUUGAGAGAAUUGAUGUGUCAGAUGAUAAUAAGGAGGUCUCAGGUGAUAGUAAGGAGGCAGGUGUGCACAAGAGUGAGGAAAAGAAUGCAGAUAUCAGCGAGGAGGUAGCAGAUGAAAGUAUGAUUUUGGGUGAGAGUAAGCAAGACAUCGCUGAUGAGAGUAAACAGGAGUGUGCAGAUGAGAAAAAGGAGGAGGCUGCAGAAGAAAUUAAGGAAGAUCUUGUGGAUGACUGCAAUGAGGAAGACACUUAUGAGAAAAAAGAUGAAACUAAUGAGAGUAAGGAGAUGAUAAAUAAGGAUGAGGCUGAAUAUGAGAGUAAAGAAGGAGUCACUUAUGAGAGUAAGAAUGGGACAUCCGAUGAGAGUGGGGAUGAGGCUGAAGGUGAGAGUAAAGAGGAAGUCACUUAUAAUUGUAAGGAUGAAGUACCAGUUGAGAGUAAGGAUGUGGCUGAAGAUGAGAGUAAAGAGAAAGUCACUUACAAUGGUAAGAAUGAGGUACCAGUUCAGAAUAAGGAUGUGGCUGAAAAUGAGAGUAAAGAGGAAGUCACUUAUGAGAGUAAGGAUAACGCUGAAGAAGAGAGUAAAGAGGAAGUCACUUAUGAGAGUAAAGAUGAGGCUGAAGAUGAGCAUAAAGAGAAAGUCACUCAUAAUGGUCAGGAUGAGGUACCAGUUGAGAGUAAGGAUGUGGCUGAAGAAGAAAGUAAAGUGGAAGUCACUUAUAAGGGUAAGGAUGAGGUACCAGAUGAGAGUAAGGAUGAGGUACCAGAUGAGAGUAAGGAUGAGGCAGAAGAUGAUAAUAAGUCAGUUGUAUCUUCUGAGGCCCAAAAUAAUGAGUGGGACACAACUAUUAACAGCAACACCAAAGAGAAUCAAAAGGAGAAAGAAACCGAAGAUCAUGUCAGAAAAGAUGGUGAUGAGGAUGAGAAAGAGAGCAUCCACCACAGUAAACAUUAAAAGAGUCAAUAGCAGAAGAAUCAAUAACUGGAAUACCAAAAUACUGGAGAUAGAAGUGCAACUAAAAAGUGAAGAUUAUGAUCAGAUAUACAGAGUAGAAUCAUAAUUUAAUCAAAAAUAAACAGUAUGGUUGGAAAGUAGGAAAUAAUGACAAAAUAAGCCCUUGUUAUCUUAACAAUAGUGUUAGUUUUUACUGUAAAAUUAAACAAAUAUAUAUUGAUGGAUAGGAAGUCAAUACUUCGCCACAACCUUGAUUGUUUUCAUUUUGGAUGUUGGAUAUUAGUAAAAAAAAAACUCAAUGUGAAACCAAGAAAAAUAUAUUCUUGAUAACCAUCAGCAAUAUAUUCUUAUAUCUUCCUAUAAUUUUUUUUUAAUUGCAAAUGUGCAUUCAUUGCAGUGAGUACUUUCCUACUGAUAUUUAAUUUGGUGAUAUACUCCAAUUUUAAAUUACUGUAUGCUAACCAAUAAUUAGUGACAGGUUGUGAGGACUCUUUUAAAACUUGUAAUUAUUGAGCCAUAUUCAAUGUAAACAAAGUUAAUACCUUAAAAUGUUCCCAUCUGUUUGUUUAUUGUUAUUUAGAACUGGAAACCAUUUAUGGGCUUACCUUCAUUUGUGUACAAACUCCAUGUGGCCGUGCUUUCUUACUUUGUUAUAAAAUCCUUACUGAUGAAAUUGUUAAACCAUUAAAAUACCGCACAAUAUGCUUAUAACACAGUUCAAUUGACAAAUAUCAAUGUUUAUUUCAUGUUGUCAUGUUUUUACAUUUAUCGUGAGCCUCACCUGCCUCUUCUGACUACAGGUUUUUUUUAUUUUUUUAUUUAUUUUUUUUUUUUUUCCAAGAUGGCGC